ACUAUUAAACAGAGAAGGAACCUUAUUAGCUUAUUCUGGUUAUGCUGGAAAAGAUGCAAAACUCACUGCUGCAAUCACAAGUAACAUAUGGAUGACGUACGAAAAAAGCGGAUGCACUGCCUUUAAUUCGGAAGCUUUGAAGUUUAUUAUUAUCGAUUGUGAGGAUGGCUAUGUUGCAGUUACAAGUGUGGCAAAUUUAUUGCUUUGCCUCCAAGCUGAUACAUCAGUAGAUCUUGGAAUACUCAAGGCCAAAGCCGAAGCAUUAGCAAAAUACCUAGAAGUUCCAUUAAAUCAAGUUUCUUCAUCUGUGUAAAAAAAAUUUAUAAUUUAAAUGCAAAGAUUUUUAUUUUGUCUUAGGUGGAAUUUUAAAUCUAUUUAAAAGUAAACCUUUUUAAGUAAUAUAUUUUAUUUUCCAUUUUCAUUGUCUGAUUAAUAUUUAAUAAAGGUCAGAAUAAGUUCUUAAUUUGUUAUAUUUUUUAAUAGUGUAAAUAAGUAUGAAAAUCUUAAUAUAUAGAAAUUAUAUCUCAUGUUACAAACUAUUUUAAUAAAAUACUUGUAAUAAAAUUGUUACAAAAUAUUAAAUUAAGCAAAAUCUUUAUUUUUUUCACUUUAACUUUUUCUAAUUAUUUGUGUCAUUGCUUUUGAAGUAGAGUUUUGGAAGUUGACUGUUUCGAAAUGUAUAUUGAAAUGUAAAAUAGCACUGACAAUUAUCGCAAACAAUGCUCAGCUACUGAUCACCCCUUUUAGUAUAAAACUAUUUCGUUGUUGAAUUGUUUAGUAUUCAAUUCAUAAAUUGGAAUAAUUACUGUUAAUUUCAAGUAAAAUGAACAUACUUUGAUAUUUUAAAUUUUACUUUCUAAGCAUUAAGAUUUUGGAAAUUGUACGUAUAAUUUUGUUAUUUUAAUAUUGUUUUUUUAUCAAGUCUUCUUGUUUUGCUCUUUUGAAUGGUUUAAACGCUGUAAAUAAAAAUAAAUGUUUUGAUCCUUUGUAAUAUGUAGUUUUUACUUUUGUAUUUAGUUAUUCGAGUUGUAUAAUAAAUCAAGAUGUUAUAAUAUUGCGAAA